AGCCACAUCGAUCGUGACAGCACGGGCUAUAUGCACGCGUGUAUUGGCCUUAUGCGUGCCAUGGUACAGCGACUCAGCCUGGCUCUGUGCGGUCCUUCGCGCCCGUAUGGAUCAGGCUGUAUAUGUUCAGCACCGCCUCUUGUCUUCGACCACGAAUACUGGCGUUUGGGCAGACGCAAACAUCCCUUGUUCAGUCACAAUGCAGACCAGUCAGGCAGAUAACUCUUUGAGUCACUCUCGGGUGCCUCCUCUCGACCCCUCAGCCACAGGCAGCUCUGCGCACAAUGCAGAUUCGACACCACGAUCGUUCAUCUACACAAUCAAGAGCUUAGCUUCGGAACAAGUACUUUUCCAGGUGCCAAAUGUCUCCGUUGAAGAGAUACCACGUGGUGAUUAUGAUGACGCGGACACCGAACUCUCACCAGGGUCCAGGUAUACGCACAGCCCGCUACAAACCAUCAGCAACGACGAAACACCUGGGCACACGGACAUCCGAGACGACUCAUUCACGGGAUCCAAUGAUGGAGGCGAAGCAGCGGAAGCGAAAUAUCCGAGCCGAAUAUCGUUCGACCCGAUACCUGGUGCUGAGUCUGAUAGUGAAUCAACGGCUGUAUCAACGUUUGUCAAUGACCGCCUGGACUGGAGCCAGCAGCGAACUCCGUAUCGCCGCAGAACGAAAGGUACAGAGUAUUUCCAGGAUGAUCAUACCAUUGCUGGCGCGCAAGCCUGUGUGGAGCCAGAAUAUGUGGGAACCUUCCACUCAUCACCUGCUUCAACUAGGUCGCCUCACCUAGCAGCGUGUAAUGCGCAACGACCCUACACGUCAUCAUUGGGGGCGUCAUUGGAAUUGCCGGUCCAGCUACCGCAUCAUGUUUCGCGCGAACCCAGCAUCGAUGUCAUAUCUGAUGCCGGCGGCCAACAGCAGCUUCAUCGGCAACAAAAUACCGCCACUGGACUAGAUUCUUUCGAAACCCUGUCAUGUUUUGAGCAGUCAGGAGACGAUAUUUCUGACAGUGACUCUCAGUACGAACUGCAGUCCCAAUACGAACUGCAAGAAGGACUUGUGAACGCCUUCGAACAUACCAAGAACUAUCAGGGUCAAGUUCAUCGGUUCUUGCCAGCGAAUGAACUGUCGCGCCUUGUGAAUCCGGAAUCAGUUGCCCAUGAGCUUCAGAAGGAAUUUGAAGGUACUCUCACAGAACAAGAAAUUCGACAAUUGGCCACCGAAAUAUGCCGUGGCAGUAAGAUCGAGCGAGACAAGAAAGUGAAGAUCAAGUCGUUCCGCAAGAUCUUUGCGCUACUAGUUAUCUCCGAGACAGUAUCAUCGAUCAGACUGUUCCUAGCAGAGGACGUGAGUGAUCUGGAUUUACCUCUUCUUCCGCCCACUACGCGAAAGAUCAAGGGACUCUGUCGAAGGAAUGCAUCCGGACAAAGUUCAGACAAGGCGCUCAGAUGCUUCAAGCAUUCCAAGUGGUCACCUGUGAAGCUCUUGAACUUUCAAGUGGAGCAAUGGAGGCUGCUUGCACCGUUCUUUGCCCAAGGUAAGGAUGGUGAUGUAAAGCACUAUCUUCUUCGAGAUCAACACAUCCUGCCAUUCCUGGACGCCAAUGACACACAUGAGGAAGAUGCCGAAAAAGUUGGUGGAUAUGGAAAGGUUGUCAUGGUCAAGAUCCAUGAAGAUCAUCAUGAUUUCAAGGAUACAAGACUAAGCACACGGGGCUUCGCUAUAAAGCAGCAGCUCCACGAGAGUGAUGCCCGGGUUUUCAAGACAGAGAUCGAGGUUCUGAAGAAAUUCAGUGGCUGUAGAGGGCACGACCAUAUUGUCUCUCUUCUGGCAACAUUCGAGCAGUUCAACAAACUGCACCUAAUCUUCUAUCGAGCUGAGGGCGACAUGUUCGCGUAUUGGAGCGACAUUCAAAGCCGGCCAGUUUGCAAUCACACCAACGUGGCUUGGCUAGCCAAACAGUGCGCUGGGUUGUCUCAUGGCUUGUUGAGACUGCACAGGCACUUGACGUUUACAAGACGUCGCAGUGGGUUACAGGAAAUAGUUUCACCAGAGCCCUUGCUGGCUGAAGAUCAGGCCAAAGACCUCCCAAGAUCCGAGAAGCAAGUCAUGUUCGGCCCACUUCCUUCGAGAAUGGCACACGGGCUUCAAGAACCCAUCCCUACUCGGCGUCAAUCUGAUUCCGUUACAGAAGAGGAUGGCGUGAAGCAAUAUGGCCGCCAUGGGGACAUUAAUCCUGGCAACAUCCUUUGGUAUGACGACACCGAUGGUGUGCCGGACGCCCUGAAAGGAACUCUCAAGAUUGCGGAUUUCGGUCAAGCGGAGCUAAACACUUUGAAAAGCAAAACCAAAGAACGAGAGGUUGCCAUUACUUUGACCUAUCGACCGCCUGAGUGCGACCAAGGGCUGGACCGAAUACCUCCGACAAUCCGUCAGACCUACGAUAUGUGGUGUUUAGGCUGCGUUUACCUAGAGUUCCUGACCUGGUUUCUUGGUGGUUAUGACCUUCUUAUGGAAUUCAGCCGAUCGAGAAUGACCCCGGAUCUAUUCCAGAACAACUUAACGACCGACGCUUUCUUCCAAGCCCUCCGGAUUCCUGGAGAGAAUACACAUGAGUUCAUGGUGAAGAAAGCCGUCACUCGGGUCCGUCUCCAUUGAGUGCAUGUAAUCUACAGUUGCUGACCAAUGCUCCGCAGUUCAUCGAUCGCUUGCACAAGCUUACGCAAUGUACCGAUUACUGCCACGAUCUUCUAAAUGUCAUACAGCGUGAUAUGCUCGUUAUUCAUUCGGAAGAGCGUAAAUCCUGCGAGGAAGUCUGGGUCAAGUUGGACAAGAUGUACCAAGAGUGCUGCAAGAAUCAGGAGUAUGCGACUGUAGGUAAG